AUGGCAACUCCACAACAAAGGCAAGGGGCCCUUAACCUCCCACCUGCCAGCCAGGCCAGCCAGGCAAGGGCUGUUAGGAGAGAGCUUGGAGGCCAAAGGCUACAGGUGACUCAGGUGUCUGAGGAGCUUCGGGAGAAGAGGGCAGCCAUCCCAGAAGUGAUUCUGGAGGUAGGGCCAGAAGCCAAAAGCAGAGAGUGGAAGGACCAUCCUGAGUCACCUGGCCCCAGCCGCAGCCAGCUCGUGGGUCUUCCAGCCGGCAGGUCCACGGCUGGCAGGCCUGUGCCCUCCGGUUACGAGGAGGAGGAGGCUGCCAAAGACCAUGGGCUGAAACAAUCACCAGCGCAGCCUCCAGGCCGUCUGCCCAGCAUCGAUGAGACCCGACCAGACGGCACGGGCCCGGCCUCCCGCCGUGGCUCCGUGCUAGGUCCCGCCUCGUCCUUUUCGCGCCGCAACUCGCGGGCCGGGCCAGGCGCAGGUCUUCGGGGUCGGCGCCCAUCCCUGGGCCCCUUGCCCCCUCUAGGCUCGUGGGUCAGCUCCUCUGGCUUACCCCUGGCGACCGCCCGCUGAGCAGCGCCCUCGUACCGCACGGAGUCGGCGCCACGGGAGCGCUGUGAGGCCGCGUACACACAGCAGGCCCUGGAAGCGGCGUUGGAGGCAGGAUUGCGCGAAGCGUGCUCCUCCCACGCCGAGGCCGGGCAGCUGGCGCCGGAGCUGUGUGAGCUGGUGCACGUGCGCCUGCGCCUGCGCGAGCUCAGCCCGCCGCGCUACAAGCUGGUGUGCAGCGUGGUGCUGGGGCCGCGUGCCGGACAGGGCAUGUGCGUGGUCAACCGCGCGCUCUAGGACUGGGCCCGCGACAGGCUGGCCACGGCCGCGGUCACCAACGCCUCCUUCUUCGCUGUGGCCACGGUCCACAGGCUCUACUGCGAGUGA